CGGAGUCUCAAGUUGUGCGAAUGAAUCCAUCGUCAUGCGCGCGUCACGGCGAGCCAGCAGAUCUACACGCGCAAUCGACCCCAACAGCUGUGCAUCACACUUGCUAAACUGAGAAACGAGUCGACCCUUCUGAGAAGGCCGCUCUCUCGCUUGCACUGCACAGGCCAACACCUCUACUACCGCCACACACACAAAAAGGGGCCGUCACUUCUUUGGCCGCACAAAAUGGUUGCAGUAGCCGCCAGGAUGGGCAUCAAGGUAUAGCUGAUGGUACCCCUCCGCCCUGACAGAAAUCGCGUACACCGCACAGACGGCAGGUGUGCGCAUUGGCUCAUCAGCUCCGACGUGCUCGGCUUCCUGCUCACCGGAAGAAAUCUUCGGGCUUUGCCGGCACGACCUGCGUGGUGAUUGGCGCGCCCCACUGCUUGCCCUGCAUCUCAGCCAUCUUGGCGUUGGCCGCCUCCUUCUGGCUGUCGCUGUGAUAGAAUAUGGCGCUGCGGUACUGAGUGCCCACGUCGUUGCCCUGGCGGUUCAGGGUUGUUGGGUCGUGUAGCCUCCAGAAGUAAUCGAGCAAGGUCGCAUAGUCGACCUUGUCCUGGACACAGCACAAAGGGCCACGUGAGAAGGUUUUCUGCGGCCGGCCAGGGUAGGACAGUCAGCUCACCGGGUAGUAUUCCAGUUGCAGGGCCUCGGCAUGACCCGUUCCUCCAGUGCACACAUCCUCGUACGUGGGGCUCGCCUUCUGUCCGCCGAUAUAGCCUACGCUGGUGCUCUUGAGAGCAGCGCCAAACUGACCGACAGGACACAGGGCACGGAACACGCCAAGAAGCUUGUAGUCUUUCAUGCAUUCAGCCCUGCAUCGUCACUCACCUCUUUGCGAAACCACUUCUCCAUGCCCCAGAAGCAGCCGCCAGCGAAGGUCGCAUACUGCACCAAACACAGAAUGCAGUUGUUGCGCCAUCACCUCCCGGUGCCCCUGUGUCCGGCGCUGACCUCGGUCGGCUUGCUUGGAUCUGCGCCCUUGACCAGGUUUGGUCCCUCGGGAAUGGCUGUCGACUUUGAGGCCAUCGAUGAACCCAUCCACAGACACAGAUACCACACUCUGAAACCACAAACACAGGAUGAAGAUGAAUAGGUCUGAUUUGUUUUUGAUUGCUGAAUCUCCCCUGCCGCACCUGAUGCUGAUCUUCCCUUUCUGCGCUGAGAUGCAGCAGCAGCGGCAAUGCGCUGAGAUGCAGACGUGCGAGCUUGAAAAGGUUGAGCGCGCAUUUGGGGCAAGAGAGCUUCCGCCUUGGAUGAGUGCAUAGCGUGUUGUACAGCUUGUUGGCACUGAAGGCCAUCACAUAGGCCAU